GGGGACCGGUGCGGCUGCUGGGAGCUGAGCAGGCGCAGUCCACUCAGAAUGCGCCCAGUAUGUUCGCGGGCAUGCGCGACCGGCCGCCGGGAGUCGCAUUGCCUGUGUAAUAUUGCGACGCCCUCUGGUUGGUAGCGACCACCUGCGAUAUAAGACCCUCAGCAACGGCGACUGGCCAACUGGCCCUGGUUCGGCUGGAUCGCUGGACCCUACCUACCACGGCUACCAGCAGCGCAACAAACAGCAAACAUUCAUAAACGCCCACGAUCGCUAAUCUUCUCUCCAGCGCCCGCGCAUAUGCAAGAUGCCGCCACGCGUAGGCCUCCGUUCCCGCCGGGAGCCCGAUGCUCAACCGCAGUCUGACGCCGACUCCAUAGCCACGCCCUCGCGGAAGCGCAGACGCCUCAACGGUAAUGAACCCACCGCCGUCGCUGCCGACCCGCCACGCACCCGCAUCACCGAGUCUGUUGCCAGCAACGACAGCAACACCACACUCCCGAAUGCUGACGACGAAGACCCCGUGGAGCGCCAGAACCGCAUUAUUGCCGCUCUCGGCAUUCCCUCAAACUACACGCCGAACGCCGCCAUCGACUAUGCCAACGACCUGCAAGCCCGCAAGAACCAGGGCCACAACAUCGCCGCCUUCGCCAAGAUAGCAGCUCGGGACUGGUGCUUCUUCGUCCAGGAGACGCGCAUUCUCGUGGGGCGUGCUGACUCGGCCAUCCGCCCCCAGCCGCCCAGCUCGCAGGCAGACAUCCCCGGACACCCCCAGAGCGAGGCCCAGUCUGUCUCCAACUGGGGAGUGCACAUCGACUUGGGGCCCGAACGCCAGGUUUCGCGCAUACAUGCCGAGAUCUAUUUCGAUUCUGCCGAUCAGAACUGGUACAUCAUAGUCAAUAGCCGCAACGGUCUCAAGCUGGAUGACGUGCACGUUACAAAGGGCCAGGUGGAGAUGCUGCAUUCCGGUAUCUGCAUUAGCAUCAUGGGUACUCAGAUGCUGUUCCUGCUCGCCAAUCAAGAGGACCACUUUCAUCCAAUGCUUCUGCGACAGGCGAACGGAGAGGAGGCUGGCGAGUCCGACAACGACGGUAACCCACCUUCGAGAUCGCACCAGAACAUUCCCCCCAGCGGACCCACUCCCAAGCGCGAGCAAUACGAUCCGUUCCCGCCGUCUUCGCACCCACGAAACCGCGAGAUUAAGCACCAGUCGUCGCAGGCUUACUACAAUCAGAUGGCGUCUACUCCAGGCCGCCCACCUCCAGGAACGCCUCUGACGUUUCAGCCAGGUACCGGUCCUCGCAGCAAAGGUUCUCCUGCCAUCUUCUCCCGUGGUGUCAUGAUCGACUCGACUGACGAAGUUGAUUACAGCCAUGACCAGGCCAAGGAUAUCAAGCCACCCUACAGUUAUGCACAAUUGAUUGGGCAGGCCAUUCUGAGCAACGACGAGGAGAUGCUGACUUUGGCGAACAUAUAUGACUAUAUCAAGUCGCGGUACGCUUUCUUCCGUUUCACUAAUGGCGGCUGGCAAAACAGUAUCCGCCAUAAUUUGUCUCUGAAUAAAUCUUUUGAGAAGGUUGCGCGCCGAACAGACGAGCCUGGCAAGGGAAUGAAGUGGAAGAUUGCCGAUGCAGAACGUGAGGAAUUCAUCAGGAAGCAACUGCUCAACCCCCGCAAGGGCGGUGGAAUAGCCAUUGGAUUUCGCCCUGAUGGUUCUGGACCCAGCUCGCCUGCACUAGGAAACCCAUCUCAAGCCACAGAACGGCUGGUUGGUGCACUCGACCGGGAUCACAGGCAGCAAGGCACUCGCUUAAAGUCCCCUCCUCGCUCUGCAACUCCACCUCUGUCAUCAGUUCCUGCGCCUAACGAAUCGUAUACCCCUGAUCGCGGCUCUCGCCCUUUCGGUGCACUGAAGCAAUCGCCCAACAUCCGCGAAAUAAACCACUUUGUCACACCUGCUAAGCGCCUCGUGUAUGGUGGGAAUGACAGUCGUCAUCCACCGUACAUCAAGACUGAAGAGCCCAGAUCGCACCUUGAGUCAUCGCCUGGCGUUGAUCCUGUAAAGCCCAUGGUGCAAGGUCUUGGGUUGACUGGCUUGAAGAGCGAAGCAGCAAACUCGCCGCCUACCCUGUAUUCCGACGCGACAACAAGCAACAAUCAGGGAAACCAUGAUGCCGGUCGAAUGAACAAUGCUCUCGUCACGCCGCUCGUCACUCGUCAUGCCCCUCGUCUCGCCCCUCCUAGCACCGCUCAAAUGCCCAGUCAGUACAUGAACUUCUCUAGUCCUGCUCCUUUCUGGAAAUUUGUGGACUUGCCCAGCACCCCUGCCAAGUUCCCAAUCGAGUUCAGCCCGACCAAGAUGCAUCUCGAUGACAAGGAUAAUGAAGAGGACCUGCAGCCCAGCUCGCCUCCGAUGUUGCCUGAUGAAGAAGAAGAAGACGAGGAGGAAGAAGAGCACAGCGCUGAGCUUGAGGACCAAGAUGUGUCUGACGACAAGCCUGGCGAUGAUGAAGAUGUUGGGGCGGAGAGCCCAAGCCGCACUGUCAGUCGACCAGUGAGUCGGCGCGAUCUCGGUGGAAGCCAGCGCAGCAGGAGCAACUCAAACGUUAAUGUGCUCGGCCCCAGCGGGCUGGGUGGUAUGGUCAGAGGCGCGAGUCUGACAAGUUUCGAGGAGCAAGAUGAGCCGGAGGAAGAGAGCUAUGAUCUGUCAAAGGGCUUUCAGAAGAUCGGCUCGUUUCACCAUAGCAUGGCGCAGGCCCACGGUGUUGUUGGCCGCUCCGGUAUUUAGGAAUACAACAGCAGACGGCAGAUGUAUUGUAAUGGCGAGUCCUUGGAACAAGGACGAGACUGCGUGGAUGAGAGCAUAUCGAAUAUGCAGCCAAGGGACUCAGAGUAAUGGCAACGAGCCAGUAAAAGUACAAAGGGUAUAUUCCUUAAGGGAAUAUUAUUCGACGGACUGUAAUGGGUAAGAGGGGGGAAUCCGACGAUGCACGGCCUGUUGUAUACUCUUCGAGUUCAUGGUUCACAGUAUGGCGCAACAGGAUAGUACGAUUGUUUAUGAUGUCACGAUAUUCGACGAUAUGGCUGUAUACACCUUCAAUGGCGCACUGCACAGCACGGGCCUGAGGGGGAACAAAUAAGUUAUCUGAAAUUCACUGCA